ACGAGGGAACGAAGUUUCACUGAUAAGAAUUUCUUUCUUAUUCAAUAUUUUAGUGCCUAUCAGGUGAUUGUUCUGAAAGUCUGUGAUUGUUAUCAAGAGCUUUUCAGAGACUUUCAUUUAAAGCUGAAAGAUUUGAAUAGAAACAACGACACUUUUUAUCCAUUUUACGUUGCUGCGGAGAUUAAAAAUAAUCCUGUGCACGAUAAGUCUUGGAAAUUUAAGGUUGGUGACGGGAAGUCAUAUGGAGCCUUUUUUAACAAAGAACUGACAAGAGGAGAAAGCUACAUUGUCUACCAAAGAGCCCUAACCAAUCACAACAGUCAAAUUUUAGAGGGAGAAGUCAGCAAAAUCGCCAUGAUUUCUAUUAAACCAGGGCCACAGUGUAUAACUCAAGAGACAAAAGGAGAAAACUCUGAAAGCCAAGUCCUCCUCGCUGCUGUCAUCACUCUUUCUUUCAUUGUUUUUUUCUCUCUUGUUUUAAAUGGUACACUGAUAUGGCGAUUAAGACAAGCUGAGUCUAACAAAAGAACAAGCAUAGUAGACAGUGGUACCCCUCAAGUCCACCCCGGUGUUUUUCAAGUGUCAGAGCCUGGUGUUUAUAUGGAACUACAACCCAGGCCCUCUGACGGCCAGUCACGUGAACCACCUGAAUACCAGUCAUUGCAGGACAGACGAGUGACUUCAGAUUACUACAAUAUGGAAUUUUUAGAAGGACGCUCGAAUGACAAGGGAAAAGUUUAUGAGAAUAUGGAGUGAAAUGUCCUCCACCUGGAAAAAUGUGUGGACCAUCCCUAAUUAAGGCGAUCCGUGGUGUUAGUUUAGUGAAUCCCCAUGAAGUUCAUUGUAGUGUUGUACCGUUGUUACUUCACUACACAUGUUGAUUUUUUUUCUCAAUUUGAAAUGAUAAUUUUUGAUGCCAUAGGUAUAGCAGUAAUUAAAUCACCCGGAUUUAUGAAAUAUUCUUAAAAGUAUGUCCUGUUCUCUUUUAUUAUUAAAGCCUGUUCCUAGUUGAGGUUUGCCAAAUUUUAAGCAGUUCAUCGCUUCUAUGUGGUCAACGCAAAUUAUCCUUUCAGUUUUGUUUUUUUUAUAAUAAUUUCUACAGGUUAUCAAAGUAGUUAAGUUUAGUAAAUAAAACGAUGGAACCUAAUUAAUUCAAUCGUUUUGUCACAUUCCCUUGCAUGCUUUCACAAGGAUUGCUUUUGAAAAAGCUCGGUAUCGACUAAUAAACAAUAGACUAUUUUACAACCCUAACGGAAUAUUUUUAACGUUUAAAAGUAAAUUAGAAUUGAAAUGUUAA